GAAAUUCUUUCCCGUUUCUUGGUUUAAUUUAGUUUUCACGCAACCUGUCCAUCAUUAUAAUAAUACAAAAAUAUACAAAAGAAGGGGUCCAACUUUCCAUAAUGCUUGUGGUACAGUCGAAGGGAAAAAAAAUCCUGUAGUGCAUCGCUUUAGUCGGCCACUUCACCUAUAGUUCAAAAAACCUUGCGUUCUCGGAGAUUCUGAAAAUGUACACCUCAGUGCAGGGCAGAGGAGGCAUUUCAUCAGAAACCGAAGAUGUCAUUAAUAACUGAGCAAGAGCCCGAGUUUGGGCGGUGUUGAAAGUAGGCGAUAUAGACAGAGAGAGAGACGGUAAGAGACACCGAGAUUUCAGCGAAAAUGGGCACGAGCGUGAUGAAGGACGAGGACACGGAGCGCAGGUUCCACGUGUCGUUUAAUUCGGCAAAAGCAGAUGUACAAAGUGGAUGAAGAAGAUUUCAAUUAGGGAAGAUGCUGACUGAAAUGGUGAAAAAGGCGCUGACAGAUCUACAUUUGAACAUCGUGGAAAUGACAGAUGAAUCUGCCACCCUAGAUGGAGGAGAUGUUCUGUUUACAGGUCGAGAGUUCUUUGUGGGCCUGUCUAAAAGGACAAAUCAACGUGGAGCUGAAAUCCUUGCAGAUGCAUUUAAGGACUACGCAGUUUCAACAGUCCCCAUUUAUGAUGCUUUGCACCUAAAGUCGUUCUGCAGCAUGGCUGGUCCGGGACUCUUAGUGAUUGGCUCCAGUGACGGAGCACAGAAAGCUUUGAAGGUCAUACAGCAAAUGAGUGAUUAUCGAUAUGACAAGUUGACCAUUCCUGACGAUGCGGCUGCAAACUGCAUUUAUUUAAAUAUUCCAAACAAAGGACACGUCUUGCUGCAUUCCCCACCAGAGGAGUACCCAGAAAGCUCAAAGGUGUUUGAGAGAUUGAAGGACCACAUGCUGAUCCCGGUGCCCCUUACACAGAUGGCAAAAGUCGACGGUUCUCUGUCUUGCUGCUCGAUUCUUGUCAACAAACGGCAUGAAAUGUGAAAGGAAUGAAGAUAAAUAACCUGGAAACUGGCAAUAAUAUCCAAAUGGCGGUACUUGAGCCCCAACCUAAGCAGCUCACCCCUGUGUUUUCAUGCCCCCCUUGUCACUGUGCUAAGAAUUCCAAUUUCCAGCCUUUCUAAUCAAGUGGUCUUCUCCUGGCUUUCUGGAAUAUGAGUUAUGUUUCUGGGUGCUCGUAUCAGCUUUCAGUAUCUCAUUAUGUCAGUGAAGGCUUUGAAGAGGGCUUUGUUGUGCAUUUCCAUGUGGUUGUGAAAAUGUCAGAAGAGAGUACAGGUUUCUCUUUAGUUCUUUUUUAUGUUAUUAAUAUGAGAAUAUGUCACACUUUCAAUCGAUUGUCUGCUCUAAAUGACUUAAAAUGAAAUAAGGCUCUUAAAAUCAUUUAGGCUGAAUGCUGUUGCCUGUGAACAUGCGGCCCACUCGGGUGUAGAUGGCUUUAUACGUGUUUUUCUUUUUUUUUAUUCCGGUGUAAUCAUAAGAUAUGUUAAGGCCAACAGCAGCUCAUUGAGCUAAGAAUUUAAGAGUUUUGAAAUAUGAAUUGCCCAUCUUUCUUUUCUAAGACUCAAACAACAGUACAGCUAGGAAAGAAAGUAUUGUAGGUUUUGACUUCUGCUUAAAGAUGAGCCAUCACUUUAUGAUUUGAGACUGCAUGGUGAAUACACUGGAACGGUGGCCCCCAACAAUUUUGAUUAUAGAAUGAAAAGGGAAGCGAGAUGAAAUUCGGAUUUUCCCAAAACUCUUUAAUCAAAGAUGAAGUCUUUAGUCCUGGCAGUGGUGUAGCGUAGUUGGGGCGGCAAGAAUUACUGUAUAUUUUAGUCUUUUAAAUUGAAAUGUUCCUCCACCCCGGGCGGCUGACACCCACGCUACGCCACUGAGUCCUGGAGAUCCUUUACACCUCGGUGGCCCUCUGCCAAACGUUACAUUCAGCGCCGUGCAGGGUGAUAUUUAGAGGAGGACGGCAGAACACCGACCCAGUAACGCUCAGGCUGAAAUACGCAGACGCCAUUGUCUGGUACAGAAUUUUCUCGGCUGGAGCUCAGUUGGUUAUUUUGUUUACACUUCAGUAACUGCUUGUGAAAUGCAGAAAUAGAGAAGAAUAUGUACAGUGCUGGAAAAAGUCCUCCCGUCUAUAUCUGAACGCCAUCGUCUGCCACAGGCAGGGCUGUCAUGAGGCACACCAAAGCGCAUGCAUGGCCACUCUGGCUCACACGACCAAACUGAUCUUGCACAACAAAUAUAGCGCCAAGAACAAUCUUUGGGUUUCACUUGUUCAUGUUGACCUUGUUGUGAAGGUCAUUGACAUGUUAGGCCUCACAAUUCGGAUCAUUCUAGAUGGUUCAAAAGACGUUUUCACAAAUUUGGCAACCCUGUCUUUUUUGAACAGCGGUGAUAAUCCUGUAGAAGACCCUUUAUAUCAGCCAUUGCAGGUUUUUUGCUCACACUGUGGACGUGGUCAUCAGGGGUAGUCAGCUGGGACAUUAAAGCUGACAACAAAAAAAAGAAAAACUUUAUCAAAGUUGCCUAAUCCAGUUCAGCUCUGCUGGGCCUGAUGCCUGUCUCAGCACACUCGGUCACUUUGGGGUCAUACUGAGGGGUGUAAAAAGACAUCAGUGACCUAACAUGAAUGUCUUUGGGGAGGAAAACCAGAGAAGGUGACGGGAAACUCACUCAGAUGAGCAGAAGGACAACAACCAAGUGUGGCACUGAAGCCCAGCACAGUGGGCUGCCGUGCCCUAAACUGGCACAACUUUGUCGAACAAUCUCAGGAGAACUUGGAAAACAUUAUGGCACCGUUUUUACAGUUUUGAAAGUCAAAUACCCCUUACUUUAUCCACAGAAUUAUUUUAAGAGAAUUUAUUUGAUGAGACCUGCCAGCACUGGAGACAUUUGGGAAGCUUGUUGAAAUAAAAAUGUUUUUUUUUUUGAAAAUCACACAUCUUCUUAGAGAAAAAUCAGUCGACAUCAAAAUGGCAAACAUAACGGUUUCUUAGGAAGCCACUACUAGGUGUUGUUCGGAGCCUGGCGCCUCAGUAGAUCCACGGCUAAGGAGCGAUGUGCAGGCGUCGUCUGUGGGUGACUCCCCGGGCCGAGAUCAUUCCUACAUCAAGUUUAACGCCAUGGCUUUGUGAAGUGUGUAUUGUAGUCUGAAGACACACAGUCACUACACGAGCGCAGAUUCUUUUAAUACCAAAUGGUUCAGUGCCAGUGUAACUUCUAGAUAGAUAGAUACUUUAUUCAUCCCAAGGGGAAAUUCAAAAUCACAUCUUCUAGUCUCACUGACUUUUUAUUUUAAUUUUUUUCUAUUAAGGAAGCAAUCACUUAGAGACAUAAAUGCCAGGCGUCAGUUCUGUUAAUCUUUUGUGACUCACACUCAAAAGAACGGUUAGCUGGUCUUAUAAGAAGUUGUCCUUGACUGAAUCGAGCAAACAGGCCCAAUGAGUGGCCAUGACACUGCUGUUCUGAUUGACCUUGGAGUCACCGUUAGUGCGGCCUCCACGGCUGCUUCAGCUCAGGUGUCAGUUUAGCUUGAGAACUUCUUUACAUGGUAGGCACAUCGACAUGUCUGCAGUUGGACUGACGUUGCCCGUACUCGUCAUGUGUGGCUAAUUCAUCGUUCAGAUGCCAGUUUGACUGCUGUAGUGGUCUGUCGAAGGAUGACUGAUUGAUGAAUCCAUCGGAAGGGAAGUACUGGCUUAUAAAGUGUAUUUAUUUAGACAAAUGCAUAAACCAUACUAUAUAAUAUCGAUUAUUCCCCUUUGUAAAACUGUGUAGUUUUACUUUCACAAAUCUGUUACUGAGAGAAUAAAUGCAAAUACGCAAUUCUAGUAUGCUUGUUAAAAAUGGCAAGGUAAACUUGAAAUCUGAAAAGCACUAAUGAUGUCACGUCACGUGAAAUACCAAUGCGGCAUGGAGAUACUGUAACUGAUUCAUCUGUCAGCUAUUCAGAUAAUCUUAGGCACUUUUUGGAGGUUUGUGUCUUUGUCGAUGUCCUUCAGAUCGAGACACCACAGACUACUGUACAUGAAAACAGAAGUGUCCUCGGUUUGCUUUUGGAGGCAAUAGAUGUGAUGAACUAGCAAAUGUCUACUCUGUCAUCGUAAAACUCCAGCUGUUCUCAUUUGUAAAGUGUCCUUCUGGGACAGCACAAUUGUGUGCACACCGCAUAGCAAGCCAAAAAGACACGCCAUCGGCAUUCCCAGCAUCGUCCGCGUGUGAAUCCUGCUGUCCAUCAAAGGUACUAUCACUAGCUGCUCUGUGUCCCAUAAACACUUGCUGCACUGUCUUCAUCCACAUUCAACUGCCACAGCCAGUGCCUUUUAUAUGUGAUUAGACUUACUAUUCUAAUGAUACUGAUAGGAUGACUCGUUUAGGUUUACAAACUGUGAUUGAAUCAAUAAAGAUCUGAAGCAAUCGACUGGCCUGGGAAACAAAGUGGUAGCUUUAUACUGCCAUCUACUGGUCAAGACCAUCAGGCUUGAGUGAGGAGCACGACUGGCCCGUCGUAGUUUCCCUUUGUUUUAGCGUCUCUGCCUCUCUCCUCACACAGUCGACUUGCUUCAGCUGCACUGUUAAUUUAGUAAACUGAUCAAGUUCGGCUCCAUCAUAUUGUAGUCAAUCAGUAUAACUGUAACUGUGAUUAUUUUUUUGUCUUAAUUAUCUUUACAGUCAGCAUUCUGUAGUAAUUGUCAGAUAUUCAGGAGUGUCACUGUACCAAGAUUAUAUAUGUUACUCAGAAUCAAAUGUUACAAGAAUGAGGUUUUCAGUUCUAUACAGAGAGUACUGUAGCUUGAUUUUGUAAUAUGCUGUUUAAUCGUAUCGUUCUAAAUGAAAAUUUUACAAAUGAAAUGAAAAAAUAAACAAUAACGUGGGUAUUUCUCU